AUGGGUCUCUUUCUGCUCGACUACGGUGCUGGCAAUGUCCAGAGUCUCGCAAAUUCCCUCGUUUCUCUCGGAUACAGUUUCCAAUGGAUCAAGCAGCCCUCCGAUUUCGCACAGGCUACUAGCCUCAUCUUUCCCGGUGUCGGUGCUUUUGAAACAGCAAUUGGCCACCUCACUGCCCGUGGGCUUUUUCAGCCUUUGAAAGAAUAUAUUCUCUCUGGCAAGCCGUAUUUUGGCAUUUGCAUAGGAAUGCAGGUCCUCUUCGAGUCAUCGGCCGAAGCUUCUUCCAUGGGCUUGGGUAUCAUCCCCUGUCCCAUUCAGAAAUUCGAUGACGAAGACAAAUCUGUCCCCCACAUGGGCUGGAACACUGCUGACCCCCUCGUGAGCACCGAUACCGAGGGCGUCGAUGCGUCAUCGUACUACUACUUUGUCCACUCCUUCUGCGCCAAAUAUGAGCCAGAGCGCUAUCCUGACGCCAUGCGCUGGGUCCACACCACCACCCAGUACGGCCAGGAGGUCUUCGUCUCUUCCGUGCGUAGAGGCAACGUAUUCGCGACGCAGUUCCACCCCGAAAAAUCCGGAAAGGCCGGCCUCGCCCUCCUCGAAGAAUGGCUCAGCAAACCCGAGGCGGCGCACACGCACGCACCGAGUGCGCCCCUGCUCAACCGCACACCGAAGGCAGCGCACAACCUCACCAAGCGCAUCGUCGCGUGCAUGGACGUGCGUGCGAACGACCACGGCGACCUCGUCGUGACCAAAGGUGACCAGUACGACGUGCGCGAAAAGACAACCACCGCGGACACAGCAGGCGCCGUGCGCAACCUCGGCAAGCCAGUCGCCCUCGCUGCGCGGUAUUAUCAGGCCGGCGCAGACGAACUGUGCCUGCUCAACAUCACUUCCUUCCGCCACUCUCCGCUGCAAGACCAGCCAAUGCUUGCCGUCGUGCGCGCCGCGGCUGAGUGCGUGUUUGUUCCACUCACUAUCGGCGGCGGGAUUAAGGACAGCGUCGACCCGGACGGCACGCCGCGCAGUGCUUUGGAGGUCGCCGGUGCAUACUUCCGUGCGGGCGCGGAUAAAGUCAGCAUCGGCUCUGAAGCUGUGUACGCUGUUGAGCGAUACCGCGCGUCAGGUGCAUUCGACCCCAAAGGCGCGAUCGAGAGCAUCGCGGCAGUGUACGGUAAGCAGGCGGUCGUGGUGUCCAUUGACCCACGCAGAGUGUACAUUGAUGACCCGAGCACAUAUGACGGGCCGUACAAGGACGAGCUGGUCUACGGUGCCCCUGAUAGUGUAGAUGAACGCGAGCGAGGCAAGGCGUGGUGGUACCAGUGCACCGUUUCGGGUGGACGCGAGUCACGGCCGCUCUCAGCCGUACAACUCGCGCAGGGCGUGGAGGCACUUGGAGCUGGCGAGAUCCUAGUGAAUAGCAUCGACCGCGAUGGGACAGGGCGCGGGUUCGACCUUGCGCUGGUGAACCUCAUCAAGAAGAGCGUGAAGAUCCCCGUUGUCGCGAGCAGUGGUGCCGGGACCGCUGACCACUUUGUGGAUGUAUUUGAAGGAACGCCGGUUGAGGCUGCCUUGGCCGCUGGCAUAUUCCAUCGUGGCGAGGUGGGCAUCGAUGAGGUCAAGCAGAAGAUGAAGGCGGCAGGUAUCAACGCUAGAGAGACAAGCAAGUGA